AUCGUUUCGGGAGCCAAGAGUAGAUUGUUCAUUUCCGGUUUGAAGGAGUGCAACGUUGAAGCCGUGAACGAAGAGAAGUUUUGUUUCGGUUUUUCAAUUUGAGUUCAGUUUCAGUGAUGGCGGAUGCUAACGAUUUCGAUGACAUUUUUAAUUUCGACAAUGAAGAUAUUCUAGAGGAAGUAUUAUUACAAUACUGUGACGAGAGGGAGAUUGUUUUCAUCCAGCCACAAGAGCAACCAGAUGGUGACAACCCAGGUAUUAGCUCAAGAACUAAAAAGCCUAAAGGGAAAAAAGAGAAUGAAAAAAAGAAAAUAGAAAAAUCACAGAAAAUUAACCUGGUCAUCGACUCAAACAUGUUGAAUUCAAUUAUUAGAGAUGCAAUAAUUAUGAUGCAGAGAGAUCCUAUGCUAGAUCACCUUUAUGAACAAAAAAUAAAACUCCUUCAGCAAUCUCUUCCAAACCUUGACUUCCUUAUUCCAAAGUUGCAAAAAACUAUUGAAAAAUUUGGCAAGGGAAGUGUUGCAGUGGCAAGAGAAACCAUGUGGAGAGAAUUCCAUAGUAUUGGCUCUGACCAGGAACUUAUUAAAUCCCUUCAGUCAAGUCUUGAAGGUCCUCUUGGAUUCGAGUCAUGGUUUUUAUUGUACAUACAGACCAGUCUUCACAAACAGCUUGGAAUUGCUCUUGAUGAAGAAUCUGUGCUGCAAAUCAAGAUUUCAGAUGACGAGAAAGAUGUAAUUGCAUAUGUAGGAGGAGCAAUAUUAUCCAAGUUAGAAAAGAGAUUCUUUAAGCUUUUGAAAACCAGUACCCCUGAGAAAGUGAGCUCAAUUGAUAAGGAUUUACUUAUCAUAGAUUCCUUUAAAGCAGAAGAUGGCGAGGAAAAAUCAAAUGAAAAACUCAUCAGUGCCCUGAACAGAGGUGGAUUGACACAAGCAAAAAGUGGAUUCUGUGCAAUUUUACUUGUUGCAGAGAACAUCUUUCAAACAUAUGUGUCGAAAAUUGAAAAAACAAUAAACGCUACUUACAUCUUAGAAGACUGUCUUCAAAACAGUGAAAUUGAAAGGAAAUUUUUGAAUUUGAUUUCCCAACAAUGCAGCUUCGAAGAUGCAUUAUUUGUUCAUAAAGCUGUGCUUUCAUUAUACAUAAAGAUACGGUGUCACAGCUAUGCAAACAACACAAUUGAUAAAUACAGAAGAGCGGCUGAUAAAUCUUCAAAACAGAAGGGGAUACGAACAGAGCUAAAGACUAAAAAAGACAAUGAUAGAGACUAA